CCGCGAGCCCAACCCCCAGCAGCGGGCGGUAUAUAGAGAGGGGGCGCCUACCCAGACACUCGGGAACCCGACAACGCCAGGACCGCUUUGCCGGAGCCCGUCCGCAGGCCACCGCUCUCGGCGUCGUCACCCAUGGAUCCAGAAGGAUCCGACGGGGAGUCUGCAGAAGACGGCACCAGGGAUGUGGAGCCUCCCGGCCCAGGCCAGGACGAUGACCCCGGCUUCCUCAGCCUGGAAGUCGACGACGACCGCGAAGAGCCGCAGGAAACCCGGCCUACGGCGAUGUCGCUUACCGAAGACACCGAAGACACCGGAGACGGAGCGGCGGCGGAAGCGGGGGCCGAGGUCGCACCGGGGCAGGACCCUAGGGCCGCUGAAGUCGAGGAGGAAGCGGACGGCGACGGCGACGGCGACGGCGCCGCAGAAUCUCCACCGCCUGGGCCAGGGCAGCCGGGGCCGGGGGCACUGCCGCUCCAGGCCCCCGUCACGGGUCCGGCGCCGGCACAGGGGCAGCCGACGACCCUGCGCGUCAUGUUCAGCCUGUUGCAGCUGCGCGAGCUGGAGAACUUGUUCCAGCGCACCCAGUAUCCCAACGCGUUCAUGCGCCAGGAGCUUGCAAGAUUAAUCGAUGUGCCUGAAGCCAGAGUGCAGGUUUGGUUUAAGAACAGGAGGGCCAAGUGGAGGAGACAUCAGAGGGCACUGAGGUUCAGAAACGUGCCCCCCGUGGCCAUGGUCCCCCCCAUCAUCUUUAACUUGGGUGGACCCUACCGUGCCGUCCUCAAUCAGGAGCGGCCGGAUUGCCUGUGCGUUCUCCCCCAGCCACUGCUGCUGGGACCACCUCCGCGGCCCAUGCCGCUCUUUCCUGUUGCCUUCUUGCCUCCUCUGCCCUGGCUGCCUCCACCUUUCCCUCCCUUCGGCUGCCCUCCUGCGGGCGCUCCCGGGUUCCUACCGUCCGUGGUUCGCUGGUAAGCCCUUU